UUCUCUUUCUCACUUUCUCUCUUUCUACACCUUAGUCAUCUUCAGUGUCAUCAACAUUUCAUCAUCAUUAUCAUCUCUACCUUCACCAUCAUCGUCCGUUAAUCAUCCUCAUCUCUAAACCACAACAACAUCAACUGUGUGUUCGUGCCAAAGGGAUUACAAUUAACCAUUGAAAAUAUUGAUUCGAUUUUUUUUCUUUCUUUUUUUUUCUCGUUUUCGAUUUUUUCAACUUUUCAAAUUUUUUUCUUCUCCAUCAUCUCCUCGUGUCACUCUUACCUGUGAUGAUUUACCUGAUUACCUCCAAUUCACUCAGCUAACGACCAUUUUUUUGUUCUUAUCCUUAAUAACUUUUCCAUUGGUGUUUUUUCAUUGUCGUUUUCUCAUCAAUUGUGUGAAAUGUUAAGGUUUUUAGAUAAUCUUUCUAGUCCAAUGGUAACCGUAUUAUUAUGACGGUAAUUAAGGACAGUAAUUAUCAAUUUACCUAUUAUUCUACCUACCCUCAUCUUCAUCUUCAUCUUCAUCUUCAUCUUCAUCCUAAUCAUCAACUAAAUCAUCACACUGAACAAAAUGAUCAAUUUCCCUCUACAAAGGUUAUCCUCAGUUCGUUAUCCAAUGUCCACAACUACAUUUGGCUUAACGAUUGUUUUAAUUUUUCUAUUUAUUUUAAUCAAUCUGAUUAGCUCAUUAGAAAACAAUCAACAAAUUAACAAUUCAACCGAUAAAAUAAUCAUAAUUAAAACCAUUGAGAUGCAAUCAAACUCAUUGAUAAUCAGUGUUAACAAUCAAAGUGACACUGAAAAUUUAAAAAUCAAUAAAAAAAGUGUCAACAACAAAAAUAAAACCAAUCAACUAAUACCAAUAGCAAAUGAUGAAAAUGUUAGUAAUCAAUUGAUGAUAAGCUCAAAUGUUACUAGUAAAUUGUUAUUGGAUGAUAGUGAUAAUCAUCAUCACCAAUUAACUAAUAGUGUUCAUCGUUCCCUUCGUGUUAAAAGAGGCUUAAUUCAAUUGGCUUCCAUGAUUAAAUGUGUCUCUGGUUGUGAACCUUUUCAGUACAAAGGCUACGGGUGUUUCUGUGGCCUCUUUGGUUCCGGUAAACCCGUUGACCCCAUUGACAGAUGUUGUCUUAAACAUGAUCAUUGUUAUGCUAUGGCUCCUUGCCAUCAAUUGCUCCUUUAUCUUAUGCCAUACAGUUGGGAUUGUGUUGCUCCAGGUUAUGCUAAUUGUGCUCUCGCUGAUUAUUCACAAUCAAAGGAUAAAUGUGGUUUCUCAUUAUGUGAAUGUGAUCGGAUCUUUGCUGAAUGUAUUAGUAAAUAUCCUUGUCCAUCAUCCAAAGCCAAAUGUCCAUACAAACCAAUGGUACUGACCGUUUAUGGUAAAUAACAAUUGACCCAAAUAAUCAACAGCCAUCUUUUUUUUAUCCAUCACCUAAUAAAACAAACACACACUGACCAUUGUCCAUUGUUAACAAAGAGUGGAAUCUUUUUCUAUCUCUAUUACAAUAUCCUCUCUUUGCCAUUAACUAAAUUGUGUCAUCUCUCAUCUUCUCAUCAUCAUCAUCAUCAUCAAUGGUUCAUCUAAUUUAUUAUCAUCAUAUUUUUUUUGCUGGAAAAAAUUACCUGUUGAAAAUGUUCAUCAUCAUCAUUAACCGUUAUCUUCAUUAAGUUAAUCAUAAAACAAAAUAAAAUGAUAAAUUGUGCUCAAAACAAACAAACUAAA